CACCCAUCACAGGAUAAAGGAAAAACGUCAAAACAAAAAGUCGAAACGAAAAAUUUCUGGUACAAACAUGUCGGUGGUGAUCCCGGCGGUCAGCAAACUGUCCUCGCGGAUCAUACGGAUCCUGGGGUGUAACCCCGGACCCAUGACGUUACAAGGAACCAACACAUACCUGAUUGGAACUGGUAAAAAGAGAAUCCUCUUGGACACAGGGGACAAGGAUGUGUCGGAGUACCAGCAGACCCUGGCUGAAGUGGUGAACUCAGAGCAAGUGGAUAUAGAGCACAUUGUGGUCACACACUGGCAUCAUGACCACAUUGGUGGAGUUGAGAACAUCUUUGGCUCUAUUGCUUCACAGCCAAAAGUAUGGAAACACAAACGUGACAUAGAGGAUGAUGUAGAUGAAGAUUUACCUAAACAGAUCCCUAUCAGCUGGCUAUCAGAUGGCCAAGAGAUUAAAGUAGAGGGAGCCACCGUCAAGGUGCACCACACUCCAGGACACACUACGGACCAUGUGGUCUUGAGUCUUCUAGAAGAGAAUAUUCUGUUCAGUGGAGAUUGCAUUCUUGGAGAAGGGACUGCUGUGUUUGAGGAUCUGUAUACUUACAUGUUGAGUUUGAACAGGAUACUUGAGUUGAAUCCUGAUGUUAUUUACCCAGGCCAUGGGAAUGUUGUUGAGGAUCCCAUGAAGAAAAUCCAGUAUUACAUAGCACACAGAAACCAAAGGGAGGCACAAAUAUUUGAAGCCCUAAGAAACAAUGCCGACAAACAAAUGAAUGAGAUGGACCUAGUGAAAAUGAUCUACACAGAGACUCCGGAACAUUUGUGGCCGGCUGCAGCUAAUAAUGUGAACCAUCACCUCACUAAACUUACCAAGGAGAAGAAGAUUAGUUGCACCAGUGUUGAAGGAGAGAACAGAUGGCAAUAUUAUCCUACGCCAUCCUUGUAGUUAUAUUAAAUUUAUAGUUUUUAACUGUAGUUAUAGGCCUGUGACCAGCAAAAGUUUUUGGCAUCGUUGGCUUAUUCCCUAUAGGCUGUUUUUUAUUAUUUGUUAUACAAGGUUACCUAUUUAGUUAAAUAAAAAACAUAUUUUUAUA